GUCUAACUCUGUCUGAGCCAACACAUGCACACAGGAUGCAGCAGAGCGUGUCCAGCUGACUGAACUGAUGAGUGACACUGAUCUCUGACUGCAGCCAUGGAUCCCAAACUAAGAAAGGCCAAGUUGAUGUUUGGCCUGAAAAAGAAGAAGAAGAAAGUCAACACAGACCUGGUCCUGGCAAACAAGGGAGCUGUGGAAAGUGAGGCUGAGGUGCCCCCUGAAGAGUCUCAACUGCUGGAGGGAGAAAACACUGAGGACCAACCAGGAACCUCUGAAGUCAGAACCAGAAUCAGACCAAACAAUAAGAGGGUCAAACUGAAAACUCUCAUCCAGAAGAGUGAAGGGAAACCACAGAGUUUUCAGAUUGCCAUUAACAUCACUGAGGCCCGGCAACUGGUGGGAGAAAACAUCGACCCCAGUGUGGUGAUUGAGAUCGGCGAUGAGAAGAAACAGACAUCAGUCAAAGAAGGGACCAACGCUCCCUUUUACAAUGAGUAUUUCGUGUUCGACUUCUUUGCCCACAAAGAGAUAUUCUUCGACAAAGUCAUCAAGCUGACAGUGAUGCACUCUAAAAUGCUGAGGAGUUUCUUUGUGGGAUCCUUUAAGCUGGAUGUGUGGACAGUCUACAAACAGCCAGGUCACCAGUUCAUCAAUAAAUGGGCAAUGCUGACCAAUCCUAGUGACAUCAGCACUGGAGUCAAAGGUUACGUGAAGUGUGACAUCAGCGUCUCGGCGAAAGGAGAUGCCAUGCAGCCAGGACAAAAAGCACAAGAUGCUGAGGAGCAGAUAGACAAGAACCUGCUGAUACCAGAAGGUUUUCCCUCUGAGCGACCGUGGGCUCGUUUCUGUGUGAAGGUGUAUCGGGCUGAAGGCCUUCCUCGAAAUAACUCCAGCAUCAUGGCCAAUGUCACCAAAGCCUUCAUAGGAGACAACACAGCACUCAUAGACCCAUAUGUAGUCGUCAGCUUCUUCAAAAAUAUGGGUCGCACAUCCACUCAGAGGUCCACAGCUGACCCCGUGUGGAACGAGCAGAUCAUCUUCCAAGAGAUGUUUCCCCCUCUGUGUCAGAGACUGAAGAUUCAGGUCUGGGAUGAGGGAAGCAUGAGCGAUGUUGCCAUAGGAACCCAUUAUUUUGACUUGAGGCGCAUCUCCAACGAGCAGGACGGCGACAGAGGGUUUUUACCAACUUUUGGUCCUGCUUGGAUCAACCUGUACGGCUCUGCCCGAAACUAUACAUUAGGUGACGACACAGCAGAGCUUAAUGAGGGCAUUGGAGAGGGCGUGUCCUACAGGGGUCGGGUAUACAUGGAGCUGACAGUGGAGAUCCUGUCUGGAGGGUCAGGUUCGGAGUCCAAACUCAGCAGAAUGGUGAAGCCAUUAAAGGAUGCUAAAGCAGGAAAAGGUGGAGGGAAGGAUGGUAAGACUCCUGCAGGAGGAGGAGCAGGAGCAGCAGCAGGAGGAGCUGCUGAAGAUGACAAGGGAAAAGCUGUGGUGGAGGUCCUGCCUGUGGAAUCUCCACCUGCGCUGAAUCCAGACAACAACGAGAGCUUCCUGCUGUUUGGGGCGUUGUUUGAAGCCACCAUGAUUGACAGGAAGAUCGGAGACAAGCCCAUCAGUUUCGAGUUCUCCCUGGGUAACUAUGGUAAUGUCUUGGAGCAGCAGCCCACCGUCCCGGCCCCCAGUCCUGCUGCCAGAAGGCGAAAAGCAUUGGAAGUCCCAGACAGCGGUGACCUGUUUUCCUCCUCUUCUCUCAGCUCCUCGCCCACCUCCCCGUCCUCCCCUCUCCUACCCAGAGAGGCUCCAGAGUUCCCCUCAUCCUCUAAGUCCACCACACCCCCGCUAAAACCACUCAUCGUCGAAGGAAACAAGUACUACAUGUAUCUUCCCCUGGAGAAGCAGAAGCCGUGUAUAAAUGUGCUGACUCACUGGGAGAACAGAACGUACCGACUGUACAACUCGAACAUACUGGAGAAUAUAGCUGUUUUGUUUGAGGAGGGUGUGGCCAGUGCAGCAGAGCUACACAAGAAGUCAGAUCCAGGGGCGUUGCGUCUGCUCAUUAUCGUCCUCAAAGAAUUCUGUAUGGACGCCAGGAGUUUCAUCACAGUAGCAGAGGCCAAGCUGAAGGCGGAGCUUAAGUCGAGCUACCUGACGCAGCUGGACAGGAAACGGCUCACCAUGUGCAAACAGGAACUGGAGAGCAUGAUAGGAGAGGCCCAGUCUUUAGGAGAGAGGAAGAGAAAAGCUGGUGGUCUGAAAGAGAUGCUGCAGGAUGCAUCGAAGCUCACACACAAACUACGCUUCCUUGUGGAGGAGCCCCAGCACACAGUGCCUGACAUCUUUGUGUGGCUGCUGAGCAACAACAAGCGCAUCGCUUACGCUCGGGUCCGAGCCAGAGACCUGCUGUUCUCCAGCAGCCAGGAGGCUCGAGGAAUCCACUGUGGCAAGAUAAUCACACUGUAUUUGAAGCCACCAGGGAAGCGGGUUACAGGCUUGUCAGUGCAAGCGAAGGUGGAUGUGUAUCUGUGGUAUGGGAGCUGUUCAGACUCUGGCCACAUGCUGGAUGACCUACCUGCAGGGUACAGUCCUACCACAGGGGGCGCUGACGCUGGCUGCCCUCCAACAAGCCUCCAGUGUGCAGAGCAGUAUUCAUUCCAGCUGAGGUGCCACAUGUAUCAGGCUCGUGGUCUCAUAGCUGCAGACACCUCCGGACUAUCGGACCCUUUUGCUCGAGUCACCUAUCUGUCACACAGCCAAACCACCAAUAUAAUCAGUCAGACUCUCAGCCCCACAUGGAAUCAGAGUUUGCUGAUGACCCGCCUUCUGCUAAGCGGAGAUCUGCAGCACAUCCAGCAGGAGCCACCACGAAUUCUCAUCGAGGUGUACGACGACGACGCGCUGGGUAAGGCGGAGUAUCUGGGAGCCACAGUGGCGGUGCCAGAGGUGCAGCUGUCCUCUGAGCCCUACACACCUCCAACUCUGCAGUACAGCCCGCUGCACUUUGGCAGCCAAACAGGGGGAGACCUGCUGGCUGCAUUUGAGCUGCUGCAGAUCACAGAGUCUGGAGAGCAGAGUCUGCCGGCGUUGGAGGAGCGGGAAGGAGGCAUCUACGCAGUUCCUGCCAACAUCAGACCUGUUCUCAGCACCUACAGGCUGGAGGUGUUAUUCUGGGGUCUGAGGGAGCUGAAGAAGGUUCAGUUCCUGUCUGUUGAUCGCCCACAGGUCAUCAUAGAGUGUGCAGGUAAAACACUGCGUUCCUCCGUCAUUCAGAAGUACAAGUCCAACCCAAACUUCACCACACUGGUCGAUAUCAUUGAGCUGGAGUUACCGGAGAACGAACAUCUCCAUCCUCCUCUCAGCAUCACUGUUGUGGACUGGCGGGCCUUCGGUCGCAGCACGUUGGUUGGAAACCACAUCAUCAACAACCUCAAGGCCUUCAAAUACAUUCCACCUCCUGCCCUGCCUGCGCCUGUACAGAUCCAUGAACCACCAAAGGACACAUCCACCGCUGCACCUGCCCCAACAUUAGAGCCACAAAGCACUGAAGGUCCGUCCCAUGACGUUGGAGAGACGAGCUCAACUACAGCACUAACAAAUCAGGACUUCCUGAUCACUGUGGAGGAAGAAGCCCCGCCUCCACCUCCACCUCCACCUCCGCCUCCGCCACCACCACCUCCAGAGCCUAAACAAGACCCCAGGAAGAAAAGGAUCCAGGACAGCAGGACAAAGAGCACUCGAGGCCGCUCCACCAAGCGGAGAAGGCGGACCAUCGCUGACGAAUCAGCGGAGUGUGUCAUUGACUGGUGGUCCAAAUACUACGCCUCUGUAGAGAAACAGGCCAAACUGAAGGACGGCUCUCCGUUCCCGCAGGUCUUUGAAAAAGCUUCGCUGUACCAUGGCUUGCUCAGCGAUGGAAUAGACUCAUUGGUCAGCAGCUUCUCGGUCGCAGACAAGAAGAGGAAGACCCAGAAAGCCAAAGGAACCCUGGAGCUGAGCGUUGGUCUGCCUACUAAACUAGCCACACUCAAGCUGUACAACAAGGAGCUGGAAGCAGAGUUUGGGCCUUUUGAUGACUGGGUGAACACAUACGAGCUGUUCAGAGGAAAGGCCAAUGAGGAGGAUGGGGCGUCUGAGGAGAGAUUUGUCGGCAAAUUUAAGGGAAAAUUCUGUCUGUAUAAACUGAACGGGGACGAGCCAGAGGAUUGGGACGAAGCCACGGACACUGGGGACUUCAGAGUCAACAGGGGACUUCCUUCCAACAGCCCGGUCCAAGUCCUCAUUCGGGUUUACGUCGUCUCUGCGUCUAACCUGCACCCAGCUGAUCAGGAUGGGAAGGCAGACCCUUACAUUGUUCUUCGGCUCGGCAAGAAUGAAAUCAAAGACAGAGACAACUACAUCCCGAAACAGCUGAAUCCCGUGUUUGGAAGAUCGUUUGAGAUGCAUGCAACAUUUCCUCAGGAGUCUCUGCUGACAGUGGUGAUCUAUGACCACGACAUGGUGGGAGGGGACGACCUGAUAGGAGAGACUCGCAUUGACCUGGAGAACCGAUUCUACAGCCGACACAGAGCCACCUGUGGGCUCCCCACUGAGUACAGCAUAGAUGGUUAUAAUGCAUGGAGAGACUGUCUGAAGCCGUCAGAGCUGCUGACUAACCUUUGCAGAGACAACGGUCUGAGUGAUCCUCAGUUCAGACCCGGACGCAUCACUGUGGCUGAAAAAGUCUUUACUGGCAAGACACUCUUCAUGCACGAAGACGAGCCGCUAGAGUCCUACGAGCACCUGUCCCUGAAGAUCCUGCACCGCUGGGCAGAGAUCCCAGCUGUGGGAUGCAAACUGGUACCAGAACACAUCGAGACCAGAACUCUGUUCAACAAGGCUCGACCUGGCAUGGACCAGGGUCAGGUCCAGAUGUGGGUCGACAUGUUUCCUAUGGAUUUACCUCACCCGGGACCUUCAGUGGACAUUUCACCUCGAAAACCAAAAGGGUACGAGCUGCGCAUCAUCAUCUGGAACACAGAGGAUGUGGUUCUGGAGGACACCAGCUUCCUGACCGGUCAACAGUCCAGUGAUAUCUACAUCAAGGGCUGGGUAAAAGGUUUAGAGGACGACCGACAGGAGACAGAUGUUCACUACAACUCUUUGACUGGAGAAGGAAACUUCAACUGGCGCUUUGUCUUCCCCUUCCACUACCUACCUGCUGAGAAGGUAAUAGUGGUGACGAAGAGGGAGCAUAUUUUCUCUCUGGAGAAAACAGAGCAGAAGCUUCCCGCCAUCCUGAUCCUGCAGGUCUGGGACUUUGAGACGCUCUCCUCUGAUGACUUCCUAGGCACGGUGGAGUUAAAUCUACAUGGUUUCCCUCGGGGAGCAAAGACGGCAAAGGCAUGUAAGGGGGACAUGCUGACAGACGGCACAGAGCGAAUCUCCAUCUUCCAGCAGAAGAGAGCAAGAGGCUGGUGGCCCUUCAGCAAGUCUGGAGAGCUGACGGGGAAAGUGGAGGCUGAGUUCCAUCUUGUCACAGCUGAGGAAGCGGAGAAAAAUCCUGUUGGCCGAGCACGCAAGGAGCCGGAGCCGCUGCCAAAACCAAAUCGUCCAGACACCUCCUUUUCGUGGUUUGUCAAUCCAUUCAAGUGUUUCUUCCACUUGGUGUGGCGAAGCUACAAGAAGUACAUCAUCAUCGCUCUGGUCCUGCUCAUCUCAGUGCUGUUCCUCGCCCUGCUGUUCUACACACUGCCAGGAGCCAUUUCUCAGAAGAUAGUCAAUGGAUAACAUACACACAGAUUAUGUUCACACUGUAGCUCUCAAUAUGUAUUCAAAAUUAUGGAUGACUUUUAGAUGACAGAUGUUAUGACAUCAUAACAAAAUAAUAAACAUGUUCAUUUCAACAGCUUGACCAAAUGGGACCAAGAACUGUUACCUUUUCUUGCCAAACACACCUGAUGCAGUGUUUUUCUCCCAUUUGAAUAACGUUGGGUAAAACCUAGCCAAGCCUUUUCCUUUAAUGGAAUUAUAUCUAUAUAACCACUUUUUAGAGAUGUAUGUCAAUUAGGAACAAAUGAGCUUAAGAGACAUUCGUACCUUGUUAGGUGUCAUGAGAGCAAUUAGCAUAUUCAUUUUUGGACUUUUCAAAGGAACUGUUGACUAUAAAAGAAUCUACAACACCGAAAGCCUCAGCCUUUAAAGCCUAGGUUUGGAUUUUUUCAAGCCUAAGUACAACACUUGCAUGCCAAAUGUACAUUAAAGGAGUUAUUGAUCACUGAAAUACAUCACCCUCUCCAUACUGGCUAUGGAAAACAAAAUUGAAUGUUCUUGUUCUUUCCAGAAAUGUGUUUUGUUAAGCCAAAGCUUUGCAAGUUUGCAAAUUGAGUGGGUAUUUUCCAAAUUCAAGGUCUUGUUAUUAAGAGUCUGCUGUGCUUUGCUGCUGCGGGGGGAAAAGUGGCAGUAAACCUGCACAUGUAUGCCUACCAGCAGGGAGAUACUAAUUUCAAUUGGAUUUUACCAUCAGCUUCAGAUAAAUUAUGAUGCAUUUUAGACAAAACAAGAACUGUGGAUCUUAUCCCAACACA